UUUGUUUUCUAUUUUCAAUCGCAGUUCGGAAGUUUGUUUUUUAUUUUCGAUUAAAAUACGCCUACCGCGAAAAGCAGCAGCAGCUGAGCGCAUUGUUUACGGAAAUCAGUCGCCGAAUUAAUAAUACAAACGAGUGAGAAAACAAAAAGGGAGAUGGGAAAUGCCAGCGGCAAGCGGGAGACCGAUAAUCUCUACACGUCGGAUGAACUUCGUAUGCUAGAAUAUGCCUACAGGAAUGCGUCCGGCGGAGCUCUUGAAAAACUGACCCAUGACAGGCUAAUUGAAACUUGGUCGCAAACCAUCGAACGAUCGCUAGCUGAGAGUACGGCUCAAUUUCUGUUUACACCGACAAAGCCGGGUCAGCAAUGUAUCAACAUACCUCUGAAAAAAUUCGGAGAGCCAUACUAUAUCAUGGAGCGUGGAACCAUCGAGCAAAAGAUGCAAAUGCUUUUGGGUUCCCUGGAGAAAGGUGGAAAUGACACCUUCAAUUGCAAGCAAUUGGAGCAAUACAUUUACUCGGUCCUCAUGACCUACAUUCACUUAGAGAGCACUUCCAAAACAUCCGGCAUCAAGGAUUGGCAGGAUCUUGGCUUUAAUACCACAGAACGAUCAGCAUGCAGUUUUGCUAAGGGUCUGAUGCGAAAUCUGGGCAAGGAACUGGAGCAUAAUAUGCCCAGUGAAGUUCUGGAACGUUGGCUGCAUGUCACUCCACAGUUUUUGCAAAUCUGGCGUGAGGUCUUCAAUCAGUUGUAUUCCCGCCAUGGGGGCAGCAAACGCAAUAUAGUCAAGGAAGUGCAGAUACCCAUACUGCCAGAACUGUGUGAUGCCCCGCAGAACAGUCAUUAUCGCCCAAUCAUCGAACUGCCGCAUGUCCUGUAUAUCAAUGCUCAAUUGCCUCGUGAGCAUCGCCACAAAUGGCGCUUCCUAUUCUCAUCGAAAAUCAAUGGAGAAAGCUUUUCAACAAUGCUGGGUAAAGUAUUGGACAAGGGUCCCACGUUGUUCUUUAUUGAGGACGAGGACCAAUACAUAUUCGGCGGUUAUGCGUCUGAAUCUUGGUCACUGAAGCCACAAUUUGGCGGCGAUGACAACUCAUUGCUGUACACCUUAAGCCCGGCCAUGCGGUGCUUUACGGCAUCAGGCUAUAACGAUCACUAUCAGUAUUUGAAUUUGAAUCAGCAGACAAUGCCGAAUGGUCUGGGCAUGGGCGGACAAUUUGAUUUCUGGGGUCUGUGGAUUGACUGCAUGUUUGGCGAUGGACAGAGCGUUGAGAGCUGUACCACAUUUAAAGAUUAUGUGCAGUUGAGCAAACGUAAACAAUUCAAAAUACGAAACAUGGAAGUGUGGGCCGUGGGAGACUUGCCCGUGAAAGAUGAGGACGAAGAAGGUGGCGGCGAGGGUCAGAAACGCUCAGUGCUCGAUAGCAAUUUGGAAGAUCGUGCCAUGCUGGAAAUUGCCGGCAAGAAAAUGCAUUCAGAUGGAUUACGCGAACCCGGCAUGGACGAUUGAUAUUAUAUGAAAAUAUUCAGAGCAAUAACAUGGUUCUAUCAUGUUCAAGAAUUUACAAUACCAUGCCCGUUUUGGGUGUGCAGUUAAAAUAAUUCAAUUUUUAUUAUUUUCCUUUAGUCCCUAUAAAAAAACACACACACAAAUCAAAUCAAAUCAACAAGUCCUGCGAACAUACGAAAAUGAGUAUUUGUUCAAUCCAUUCCUAUAAUCGUUUUUGUUUAGCUAUUAAUAUUUCUUAAAUAUUAUAUAUACAAUGUAUAAUGGAUAUAGUUUUUGUGUAAUACUGAGAGUAUUGUUGUUGCGUUUUUAAACAAGAUCGAAAAGUGUGAAAAUAAAAUCAUUUAAAAGAUGGUAACUAAUAAGCAAGCAUAAUAAGCAAUGUUAAA